AUGAUAUUGUUUUAUUUGUCAUUUGUUUGCAAGGAAUUUCAAAAUGACCAGGCUGAAGCUGAUGAUAACGAAGAAUGGGAGCAAAUACAGGAUCCCACGAUCCCCAUCCCUCCUCCAAGACCAGCAAAUUCUCAAACUGCUACUGAUCAUGAGGCAAAAGUUGAACUCGAAAUCGAUCAAGAAGACAAACUUCAUGUAUAUUACAAUGAAACUGCCAUUGCCGAUGAUGUACUCGAUGCAGUACCGCACUCUCAAUUUGAUCUUUUUGGUGAAAUCAUAACAAUAGCGUCAAGAUUCGGCUUCGAUCAGAAUGUAAUUGCCCAGAAAUUUCUCAAUUAUACUACUGACGUUCGUAUUAUUUCUUUGCCAUUAAUCAAAUUAGAAGCUUUUUGGAAUUUUCUAGGUCAAAAUGAAGAGUACAAUGCUCUUUCUGAAUUUGUUAAAAUGAAUUUAGCAGUUUCUUGCUCAGAAGCUGUCGUAGACCGUCAUUUUUCAUCCAAAAGAGAAAAUGUAUCCGUAGAACAGAAUCGUACAGAUGUAGAACUUGCUUCGGCAAGGAAUACCCUUAAAACCCAACAAGUCGAUGACAUUUUCAAGAAGUUAAAAAUCCGAAAAUAUUUUUAA